GUUGUCAAGUGACAGGUGCCCGUCUGUAAAGUCAGCUUAUUAAAACCACAGGUCUCUCUGCUUGCAUUUCAUUCAAGGAAGGAGAACAUACAAGCUGCUUCUGACUCUUUUCUGCGGAAAGGCUCUUUCUAUUGUUCUUUGAGGAGAGACAUUAUGGGGCUCAGUGAUCAGGAAUGGCAGAAAGUCAUUGACAUCUGGGGAAAAGUGGAACCAGAUCUCCCUGCUCAUGGGCAGGAGGUUAUUAUCAGCUUGUUUCAAAACCAUCCUGAAACUCAAGACAAGUUUGACAAAUUCAAAAAUCUGAAGUCCAUGGAUGAGAUGAGAAGCUCAGAGGAACUCAAGAAGCACGGAACUACUGUCCUUACUGCCCUGGGCAAAAUCCUGAAGCAAAAGGGCAACCAUGAGGCUGAACUCACACCGCUGGCCCAGAGCCAUGCCAACAAGCAUAAAAUCCCUAUCAAGUAUCUUGAGUUCAUUUGUGAAAUAAUUGUUGCCAUCAUUGCUGAAAAAUAUGCAGCAGACUUUGGGCCCGAUUCCCAAGCCGCCAUGAGGAAGGCCUUGGAGCUGUUCCGGAAUGACAUGGCCAGCAAAUACAAGGACUUUGGGUUCCAGGGCUAGCCCCAUCUCCUUAAGAAGAUAUAAAGCAGCAGUGUUGUAGGAGAAUGUGCUUAUUUAUCAAAAAUAGUUUGGCAUUCAAUUGAAACAAUCGCAAUGAAUGGAGCUCAAGUUACACUGGGUGGUGGGAGCCGUGCUUCUUUGAAAUCUACUCCGUUCACCAAUAAAUCUUUGGGAUAGGGGUUCAAUGUUAAGGCAAGAGGGUCAUGCAGGUGUGAAGUGAUAAAAAUGCUUCUUUCAUCAACCUGUACCCCAAAAUUCUGUCUGUCUCUUGCCAAACUCUGAUCCUAGAACUGGCACCAGUUGAGAGAAAGGUAGGAGGCAGUAGACUAGGGUUAGAAGGAGGAAGGGUCAGAACUACCCAUCCAGUAUUCCCAUUAAUUAAUUUCUCUAAUCUGCCAUUUUCCAAAAUGCUGCAUAGCACCACUCCCAUAACCCCCAAAUUAUCUGGCAUGCUGAUGGGAAUUGUAGCCCAAACUUAUCAAAGGCACAUGGUUUGGGAAAGUGGAUGAUGGCCCCACUUUAUAUAUGAAUGGGGCUAGAGCAUGAUCUGCUACCCUCACACGUAGCUUGGGUUGUCCACUGAGGUUACCUUUGAUUUUCAGCUGAAAUCACUAUAGCCCUGGCCUUACUAAAAUAAAGAUUGUGUUAAAUUUCAACCCAGGCCUUUUUUGUCACUCCACUCCACUGCCACAGAAACUAGUAGCAGGAAAACAGAGGCCAGUCUAUAGACUCUGUUCAUGGAAAUGGCAGUCCCACCUGGGUUGCACUGUAUUUGAAAUGGGUGACA